GUAUUGCCCACCGGGUUGUCGUUUUCAGCACUUCCAGUCAAAUCAUAACCUCACAAAAUUCCUCUCAGCCAGUUGAAAAUAUUUUCUCGUAUGACGCGGGUGUGUUUCGUGGCAAAAAAACGCUGUGUUUGCUGUUUGAGAAGGGAAUAAAAAAGCGACCGCACGUUUCUUAUCGCUUUGUGCAUUUUUUCAAAAGUGGGUGACUGACUUUGGAGCACUGUGUGACCCCAUUUCCUUGUAAUCCCGGGCAAUGGCCAAGAGAGUCCAACCGACGUGGCAGGCACCAAAUCCGGAGCACCCACGUGCCCAGUUGCGCCUUUUUAACAGUCUCACGCGCCAGAAGGAACCCUUCCAGCCACUUUCCGGGAAUUCCGUCAAAUGGUACAGCUGUGGCCCCACUGUCUACGAUGCUUCACACAUGGGACACGCCAGAUCUUACAUCUCCUUUGACAUCCUCCGACGCGUGCUGGUGGAUUACUUUGGGUACGAUGUGCUGUAUGUGAUGAAUAUUACGGAUAUUGAUGACAAAAUAAUCAAACGAGCACGUCAGAAUCAUCUUCUGGAUGAAUAUUUGGCAUGUGAGAGAAGUCUCGAGGAUCUCCUGCAGGACUAUGAGAAGGUUCUCGUGGCCUUCAAGGGGACACUGGAGAAGACAGUGGAUGAGGAGAAAAAGACAAUGCUGCAGAAUCUCCGGCAGAGGAUGACGGAUUCCCUGGAUGCCCUCACGGAGGCAAUAAAGUCCGCUGAUGCUGGGAAGGUGAAUGAGGCAAAGGAGAAGUUCUUGACAACAAUCCGGGAUCCUCUGGCUGAGUGGUUGGAUACACAGAAGGGGGAUAAAGUCACGGAGAAGAGUAUCUUUGGGCGUUUGUCAAGGAAAUGGGAGGAAGCCUUUCACAGGGACAUGGAAGCACUCAAUGUACGUCCUCCGGAUGUUCUAACGCGUGUCAGUGAGUACGUCCCGCAAAUUGUGGCCUACAUUGAGGGAAUAAUCGCCCGGGGAUUUGCCUAUGAAUCCAAUGGGAGUGUCUACUUCGAUGUGGGGCGCUUUGAUGCCACCCCUGAGCAUUUCUAUGCAAAACUCGUUCCGGAAGCUUUUGGCGAUGCAAAAUCCCUCGCAGAAGGGGAGGGGGAUCUCACGGAGGAUCGUGUGGGGGAGAAACGUUCCCCGAAUGAUUUUGCUUUGUGGAAAUGCAGCAAAUCCGGAGAGCCAUGGUGGGAUAGCCCAUGGGGACAAGGACGCCCUGGGUGGCAUAUUGAAUGCUCAGCAAUGGCAUCAGAUGUGUGCGGGCAGAUGCUGGACAUUCACACAGGUGGGGCUGAUCUCAAAUUUCCCCAUCAUGACAAUGAGUUGGCACAGAGUGAAGCCUACACGGGACUUCCGGAAUGGGUGAAGUACUUCCUGCACACGGGGCAUCUCACGAUAGCCGGAUGCAAAAUGUCCAAAUCCUUGAAGAACUUUGUCACAAUUGAGCAAGCACUGAAGAAGCACACAGCCACACAGCUGCGUCUUGCCUUCCUUCUGCACUCGUGGAAGGACACCCUGGAUUACUCGGACAACACAAUGGAGAUGGCGGUGCAGUAUGAGAAGUUCCUCAUGGAGUUCUUCCUCAAUGUUAAGGAUCUCACACGAAUGCCAAGUGAUUCCCCUGCUAGUGCUCAAUUUGAUGCAUGGCGAAAGCCAGAGAGUGAUCUUCAGACUAAAUUCAGCGAUGCCCUGGAGUCCGUCCAUGAAGCCCUCUGCGAUAACAUUGAUACACGCACUGUGUUGGACACAGUGCGGAAUCUCGUGGCGCAGAGUAAUAUCUACAUUCGUGACAAUCCCCGGAACAUCAAUCGCCAGCUCUUGCGACGAAUCGCCACGUAUGUGACAGACCUCAUGCACAUGUUUGGAGCCAUUGCGGGUCCACGUGGGGGCAUUGGCUUCCCCGUGGGUGGUGGAAGUGCCGGAGGUGUGGCAGAAGAUCGCGAGGAGAUACUCAUGCCUUACUUGCAGAUGAUGGCGGAAUUCCGUGGAGUUGUGCGUGAGAGUGCACGACAUGUGGGUGCAAUGGAGAUUCUUCGGUUGUGCGAUAUGUUGCGCGAUGAGAAGCUUCCUGGGUUGGGGGUGAGGUUGGAGGAUAAGGAGGGCGCCCCGACAGCUGUGAAGCUCGUCGAUCGGGAGACUCUGCUGCGAGAGAGGGAGGCAAAACGAGCAGCUGAAGCGGAAAAGGCAAAAAAGAAGGCCGAAGCUGCUGCCGCGGCGGCUGCCAAGGAAGCUCAGAAGCGUGUUAAUCCACGUCAAAUGUUCCUCCGGGAGACGGAUAAGUACUCAAAGUUCGAUGCAAAUGGGCUCCCAACGCACGAUGCUGAGGGGAAGGAACUGAGCAAGGGGCAACAGAAGAAGUUGCUGAAGCUGCAGCAGGCACAGGAGAAGCGCUACAGUGAGUACAUGGCAACAAUGAAUGGGGCAGCAUGACGCUAUGUUGUCCCACAAUUCCCAUGGUUCCCGCAUCCAGUCCAAUUUCCUCCGCAAUAUAGCAGAAGAUAUUUAUACCGAUAGAUCAUCGGAAUGAUUAUAUUUAUUAUUGUCGUUUACUCCCACACAUGUGAAUUGUCCCCUCACUCCCCCACAUUCUAUGUAUUUUCAUUUAUAGUUGGGAGUUUUAGUUUUUUUUUUAGCUCAUUUUUGAAGUAAAGAAUUAUGAAAAUUUGUACAGACACUCCACUCCUUACUAGGAAUGUUGGGUCCUUUUCUGUGAACAAGAAAUCUUUGAAAUUUCAGAACAAAUUCUUGAAAUUUCAAAGAUUUCUUGAUCACAGAAUAAAGCUAAUUGACUGAUAAACUUUUAUUUUUUUAAAAAUAAAUCAAAAGAAUAAAAGUUUCUCAGCCAAAAUGAGCUAAAAAAAAACUACAACUCCCAAUUAUAGGUCAGGAAGAUUGAAUAAAAGGCGGUUUAAAUGGUAAA